AAUGUCGUACUCCCAGAAGUUACGUAAAUCCUAAAUUGGGUAUACACAGGAUUGCAGGCAUCAGGGAUGCCUGGCAGAAUCUAAAAUGCAGCCCAAUGAAAGUUAAGUUAAAGAUGGGAGCCAGCCCAACCAGGGUAAAGCAAUGCCCUGUGAGGAUACAAGAUUGUAGGAGGAUAAAAGAAAUAAAAAUAACUUUUUGGAUUUUGGAUUACUAAUUGGAUAGAAAUCCAAAUACAACACCCAAUCUUGCAAAUGAAAAAUUGGAUGGCAAGAGCUAUAGUUUGGUAUAAGAUUUGAGGGCAAUUAAUAGAAAAGUUGAAUAUAUACAACACAUGGUGUAUAUCUUUAUUAACCAAGUUAAGGAAUAAGCAGGUGGGGUUUACCAUUCUGGACUUGAAGUACACCUUUUUCUGCCUGGUUUUGCAAAAGAAAUCUAAAAUCAUUUGCCUUUGAAUAGAAAAACUCAAAUAUGGAGAGAAGAAAAAAAAAUAUAAUAAUUAAAAGUAAUAAUAAUAAUAAUUCAGUUAACCUGCACAGUGUUACCCAGGGUUGUGAGAACAGCCCCAUGAUUUUUGAGAACGGGUCAACUCGUGAGCCUGAGAUUUGGGUUCACCAUCACACAGUGGAACUUUACUGCAGUACGUGGAUGCUACAGUAACAAAGGACUGUGUGCAAUGGACUGUGAGCUUGCUGAAUUUCUUGAUUUAAAUGGCUAUCAAGUUUCUCAACAGAAAGAACAACUGAUCAAAGAGAAGGAAGCAACUUGCUGAACACCCAGAACACCAACGCAGAGCUGCCUCCAAGCCAGCAGUGUGUGACUGCAUGGAGACUACGUGUGCAAGUUGGUCAGAGCUACAGGAGGAACCGUUGGACGAUGCUGAGGAGUCCUGGAUUCAUCGACGGAAGCAGUUUUGUGAAGACAAGGAAACCGUAAGGCAGGACAUGCAGUAACUGCUACUGACAGGAUUUGCCCCUGGAACCAAGGUGGGUAGGUCUGUUCCAGGCGCUGCUAACAUCCCACACAACAGUGAAAGCAUUGUGGAUACAUCAUACUAGAGUUAAGAAGGUCCCUCGAACACAAUGAGAACUGAAAUCAGCUGGAUCCUUAAAAUUGUGAAUAUAAGGACAGAAAUGUGGGCUCUUGUAACUGUUAGAAAUGUUGAUUUGAUGAAUGCAGCAUUUGAUGUAAAUACUUAUGUAUCUCUUGUGACAAACAUUAUUACAUAUCAAUAUUGUUUGGUAUGUGGGCAAGCUAAGGAUUUAAACUUUUCUCUUCUUGUUGUUCCUGAUGAUUUUAAGGCAAGAAAUCAAACUGUUGCAGGGUUUGAGUCACUGUCCUGGUGGGUGAUGAUCAACAAGAAUGUAGAUUGGUUUAACUACAUCUGUUAUAAUCAAUGGAGAUUUACAAAUUAUACAAAGAGUGCAAUAAAGAGAAUUGCAGGACAGUUAUAUGCCACAAGUAGGGUGGCCUGAGAAAAUAGGAUCUCCUAAGAUAUGAUAAAGGAAUGUAUAUAUAACACUGGGUACCCGUUGUUGAACCUUUAUCCCAAUAACACAGCUCUGGAUGACAUAAUAAUGAAGGCAUUGCAAGGGCUUGGUGCCACCCUUGGCAAUGAAGUGGCAGAAAAAAAUCAGGAAUAGAUACUUCUGUCACUGGAUGGUUGGAGUUCUGAUUUGGUAAAUGGAAAGGGGUGACUGUAUCCACAUUUACUUCGUUGAUAGUAGCAGCAGCAGCCUUGAUGGCCACUGGUUGCUGUGUUAUCCCCUUUGUGAGGGGACUAGUAGAGUGACUGAUAGAGAGAGCACUACUGAAGCAAGCACUAAUGGAGCCAUUACAUUUGGAUAAAAUUAUGGUAUUAGAGGAGAUGGGAGAUAAAGAAAGUGAAGACGAGGGCGAUGUCUAUAAAAGUGAACCUUAAAGAAUUGCAGAAAUCAACAAUGUAUAAAAAAGAAAAAGGGGGGAAUUGUGGGAAUCAAGUGUUAUUUCUGCAUUAGAAUUGUAUAAUAUUAUUUUUAUUUUAUGAUCUCCGCUAUUAUAGUUCCCAGGAACACACUCUGUAUAUAUGUAUAUAUAUAUAUUUUGUCAUACACACUGCAAGAAUAUCCUGCACGAGAGCAAACCAGAGAACAAGGCAUGGCCUGCCCGAGGAAGCGCCUGACAUUGAGAAGGCCUGACAUCAUCCCCCAGUGCUCUUUGUUUAACGAUGAGGACUUUAAAGAAAAUCACCAUAUCAAUAGGACAAGGAGAGCACCGAGAAGACAUCUUGGAAACAACAGGAUGACUACUGACUGGCACCAGAUAACAAAUAAAUUAACAAGUAAAUAGCAAAUGUAAACCUUCUGAUAAGAUUGUGAACCUGGAGUACCCAGCCAUUGGGGAAACAGGGGAGGGGGGAGGCAAGGGGGAGAAAACAGGGUAUAAAGGCUGUCAUGUUGUGUCCAUAGGUGCGCUCCUACUUGCGGGACGCCCGCCAUUGCAAUCGCAAAUAAAUUCUGCUUUUAUCAGAGAUACCGUCCUGACAAAAAUUACUUGGAUUAUUUCCAACAAGCAGAACCGCAGGCUGUGGAGCUUGCAGUGCCUUCAGCGAUGGAGCAGUGCAAAAUGCUGGGCUCGGAUCCUAAAGCAAACCUGUGUGAACAGAAACAUGAGCUUGUAAGUGUUGUGCACUGCUGACAGCUUUUAAAGCUGCAUGUGUAAGGACUGCCUAAGGUACUGCACAGCACAUCAUCUGCUGCGUCAAGACGAGAGAAACUGCAGCUCUCUCCUCUGUCAGUCUGAACUUAGGAACGCUGAGGUGUCAGCGUUCUUAACUGCUGUGAGGAAAAUGUUGUGCAAGUUGUAGGGCAUUUUUGAGUUACUUUUUCACCUUGGCCUACGCAGCUGAGUUCAGAUAUGGUUCAGAUUCUGAAGAUUUAUUCAAAAAGGGGAUGUUCUUAAGAAUUAGCAUGAAAAACACAGGAGGAAAAGAACAUAAUGAAGUUAAUCUAGCUGUAUGUUUCUUACGGUCUCUCUCAGGUAGUGUGUCUCCAGUUACAAAGAAUUAAGUGUGAGGGUUUUGUUAUCUGGGGUAUCUCUACAACUUUCUGAGGCUCCAGUCUAAAAAACUGACUAGCUAACAGACUUUUACUUUUUCUCCCAGCUGCUUUGGUUAGGAGGUGCGGCUGGAGGCUGUAACCCUCAGUUGCUCGUUUCAUUUAAUGUGCAGCUUUUUGUGGUGAUGCAGGCAGAGAAUGUAUUGAUUUUUCUUUAUUAAGUUCUCAACACUGGGAAUUAAAUCACAGGUUGUAAAACUCAGAAAGUGCAUGUGGUGUCUUUUCCUUUCCUGUGGAUUUGUUUUGUCUGUUCUGUGGGGGGAAGGAUGGUGGGCUGAGGGGAAGGAGGGAGGUUGCUUGUUGGAUUGUUUUCCCUUGUUUUAUCUGGGAACAUUCUCUUUGCAUUGCAGGGUAUUUUUAUUUUUAGCCAGAAAGCUGUUUGUUUCCCCACUGUGUGGUGGAGAAAACCAGGUGUAGAUGGUUGUGCUAACGUGGUGUAGUGCUAUGCAUGUGAACAACAAAGGCAGCAAACCGGUUCUCCCAGAAUGGCUGUGUGUAACUCAGCAGCUGAUUGCUGUGAAGGAUUCCCCUGUGCUCUGUGUGCAGUGCCAGCACAAGAGCCGCAGGGUGGGCGCUGCGCCUGUUUGGGUGACAGGCAGGAAGUUUGCAUCCCUGUAUUGUCAGAGAGCUUUACUGAGUCUUUUUUUCUCCAGCUGUGCUAUUUUUUUGUAAAGCAUGAAAGCAGUCCUGUGGAAAGUGUGGUGAAUACCUUAAAGAAAAAGAAGGCUUAAUUCAAUAGGAAGCAGAAAGAUCUAAGAGCAAGCAAAGUUGACUGCUAGGCUCGUGCAGAAAUAAGCUACUGCCUGCUACAGUUACUGCUGUUUGAGUACUUUGAUCUCAAGUAACUGCCCAGCACACACAGCAUAGUUUACUCAGCCAGGCUGGUUGUACUUGUGAGUGGACGGAUGCUUAAAGGAAGUGGAAGCUCUGCAGCCAUGACAGAUGGCCCAGGAAACCUUACUGUCAUCAAAGCUGUGGUAAUGUACAUCAACAGAAGGGGAAUAGACAAAGGAAAUGUGCUGCUACAAAGAGCCAGCUUUGGUUUAUGCCGUAUCUGUGAGUAUCCUGUACAGUGCUUUUGUAGCUGUGUUACCGAGACCAGAAGUCUUUUUUUUCUACCUAAACUCAUAAAGGAACUUGAAUUUGAUUACACGCUGGAGGAGGAAUUUGUGGUUUUUUUUCUAAAAGCAGUAUUAAAAAUACACAGAGUUUGUAUAAUAGCAAUCAUCACUGAGAUAGUGGGAUAAAUAGUUGCGGGUUGAUCCUGUGUUGCUUCUACAUGUACAGGAUGUUUUUCAAAUGAAGAUUGGCAUCUGAUAGAUUCCAGCAAUGUCUGUUCUUUCUGUUCCUUUCUUUAUUCAGACACUUAAUUGCUCUCAAUCUGUCAGGCUUCCCCUGCCUCAUUUCUGAUCUUCUCCUCAGCAAGCAGCUUUCUACCUCAGAGUCUUUUUAUUUCCUGAAAACUCCUCAGGUGUGGCACUCUGAAUCUGCAAGCUCUGGUAUUCUUGAGCAACUGCAUCCUGUAGAGGUCAUAUGUUGCUGAACUUAAGCCACGGCAAGGAGGACUUCUUGAAAUAAAUUGUGGAAUCUUUUGCAAACAAAAGUUUAUUUACAUUGUUUGAAAGCCUCGUUGGGAGUGGAGCUUCUAAAGAGAGAUCUUUUCUCGGCACAGAUGAUGUGGGAGAUGUCAGUCCCCGGGCACCAGAGCAAGGAGAACUGAGUAAAUACGAUAUUGGUAAGAGAUGCUACUUAAACUCUGCAUACACGUGACUCUGUAUUGGAGGUUCUUCUCCAAGUGCUUCAUUUGCAACAAAAGACAAGUGUCUGUCACAGCUGUUCAUCGUUCCAUUAUGAGAGAGUGCUUUGCAAGAAGUUUCACUUGCAGCUGCAGCUGCGAGGCAGCGUCAUCAUGCCAGGUUCUGAAGAAUUUCUCACAUACUUCCUGCUUCCACACUGUUGUCUUCUGGUCUGUUCUGAUUCAUUUCCAGUUGAAGCUGCCUGUUGAGCUUUGUGUGCUUGUACGCUGGUGCUGUUUGGAUGCACAGCUGUGGUCUCCAGCACCUCGCGUGGCUUGGCUUGCAGUGGAAUUCUGUGUCAGUGUUAUUCCCACUGUGCAGAUCGUUACAACAACUUUUUCACUCGCCCCACGAGACAUCGAGACUGGAAACAGAUGCUCCUGAAUCCAUUUGCCUGUUGGACCUUGAAAUAAGCAAGCUUCCCAAGUUGUUAAAUGCAUUUAAAUGCCGGUUUUUUGGUCCCUAAUUCCUUCUGUUUGUUUGUUUUUACCAAAGCAGGAUUUUUUACUCGGGAUGGUGUUCACUAGCAACUUAGAACUGCAAGAGAAGUUCAGCACUCAGCGUGGCACACAUCAACCUCCUUGCUUGCCGUUGCUGCUGUGCAAGCAGAACUGUACUGAGAAGCAAAGGCCAGACUCGGCAGCCAAGCUGAAGCUUCUUGUACAGCAUGGAUGGAGUACUGUGUGAGCCCUGGAGAGACACGGCCUUCACCUGCCUUAAUUAUACACUGGGCAAGAAGCCUGCAAGCAACAGGCGUUAGCCUGAACUCGUGCGACCAGAAAGAAUCUAUGGGAAGAAGCGUCUGCUACUGGAAGGAAAUUCUGCUUAGCUUGAAAACUAUCAAAAAGCACAGAAGUAUUCCUGAACCUGCUGAUGCUCUCUUCAAGCAUUUCCAUGGUGUGGACAUCCAGGUCCUCCAGGUUGCGGCCUGUGAAGAAGAGGCACGUGUGGCUUUUGCAACGCUGGGUGCAGCUGAAGGCAAAACUGAUGAUGCUUUAUUAGCCUUUGAAGCUGUUAACAAUGUGGUUUCGUACUGGAACCUAUGCACUCUUUGUCAAAGAAAGGCAGAGGAGGUUGAGAGUGAUGGUGUGCUACCAGAGGAACAAGAAGAACGCAGAGCCUGUCUUAUUGAAAGGCAGCACUGCCUGAUGAAGAUCAUUGAGGAAAGCUCCUCUGACCUGUCAGUAGCUGCCCAACUGCCGGUAUCUGUUAGAGCUGUGACGGAAAUGCUGGAGGCAGUGAUCCGGGAGCCUGGGGAGAACGGUGAGGAGGGAAGUCUUGCCUCCAGAAACAUCUCACGAGCUGCGCACGUGGAAGAGAAAGAUGCAGUUCCAUCACCCAAGAAGUUCUCUUUCUCACCAACUAACACCUACCAGCUUCUCCUGCAGUGGGCAGAAGAUCACAAGUCCUUACUUCAAAAGCUGUGUCAGCAAGUGGAAGCUUUAAAGAAUGAAACACGGGAAAUGAAACGUAACAGUUGCAGUGUAAGCGUGCCAUCUCAUCGCUGGCCUGCUGAAAGCUGUGGAGCAGAUACUGUGUCAGAUGGUUAUGGGAGAGCACAACACCUUCGUGAAGCUCCUUGGAAGGUUGCUACCUCUGGCCCGUCUGUUUGCAGUAGCCAGUCACCUGGUGACUCGCAGUGUCUUGGAAGAACUGCUGCAACCAAUGUACCACCAACAGAGGCGCCUGUCUGUGGCACGAACGGAGCUGCACCUCAGCACGUCCGUGCUCAGCAACAAGCGAUCCACGCGCCGCCUCUGCACAGCACUUGUGCUGCUGUGCUUCCUCAAGGCACCUGUGGUGCACCUGUGUGUUUUGAUGCUCCGUCUGCUGGAAUCCUUUCUCCUCGUGGAGGUGAUGAUCGCUACAACUACGGCCUGCCCCAGGCGAGCGCAAAUCCACCUCUGCCUGAAGCAGGCUGUUUUACAAGACCUGCGUUUGCACCCACAGGUUUAAAACCUGCAGAGUCCUGUGUCAGUGCCGCACAGGACAAAUUAGGAUCCGCCUUUGCGACAAAGGAAGGGCAGUGGGACUGUAACAUCUCUGCAGUGAGAAAUGAACCCGCUGCCCCAAAAUGUGCUGCCCUGCAGAACGCAAACAAAACUCGUUCAGCAGUAUCUCUUCAAGAACUGUCCUUUCAACUCGAUGGGAAAACCCCAGCGUGUACCUCUCAGAAUCUGGCAGAUGCUGAAGCGGAGCCUGCAGAGGGAAGAUGUAACUUCUCAGUGUGGAUGCCUCCAGGUGGAUUUAAAUUUGGCAUAGAGGAGUGCAAUACAAAUUGCGCUAAGGAAGACGAUCCGCCCAAGGAGCGUACAGCAGGCUUGACAAACAUGGAUGGAAAAGACAAAAAUGAACUGCCCUCAGGUGGUGGAGUUACACUCCAAUCUCAAGAAACAGCAAACAGGGACAAGAGUGAGCCCAGCUGUGAGAAAGGCACGUGGAUAACAGCUCAUGUUUCUGGUACGAACGCAGCCAAAGCGUCUCCUUGUGGUGCCAACUCUGUAGCUGUGCUGGAGGAAGCUACCAGGGAACACAGCGACCUCAGCCAUGGUGGUGAUGGUUCUGAUGCCGCUGUAGAGGCCUCAGAGGCUUUAAGCACCUGUGAAACGCCAAGAAAAACCGUGGUGUCUGCUCCAAAGUUUGUAUUGAGGUCUGAAUGUGUCAAGAGCGUUUUCAGUAACGAAAAGACAUUCCCAUCUGGCAAGACCUCGGCCAUCGGUUCCCUCUUUGGAUUCGGCUUUAAUCCUCCAGGAAGGAGCGCUGAUGGAAUUUGA